UCAUAAAAAGAGUCGCAGAGAGCCGGUGGAACUAAGAAAGCCCUGAAAAAUGUUCCCUAUAUCCAGCAGGUGGACGUCCAUUGGUUGAUUUCAUGACGAUUUUAAAAACCGUUUCCACUUCGACAUAAUUAAGUAAGAUUGAAAAGAUACUGCAAAUAACCGGGACUAAGUAACGUAAUAAAAAAAAACAUCAAAAUUUGCAGACCAGCGCAUAUAUUUGAUAUGGCCUACGUCCGUUAAAGGAAGGUGGUAACGAAACUAAACCACCCUCAAAUCCCAUACUUAAAACCGUACGUCUCGUAAUUAAUGAAUGAAUAAUACCAACCUAAUAUAAUAAUUUAUACUAAUAUGAGGAAAGGCAAAGUAUUUGAUGUAAUGAUAAUUUUAAAGUAUAUUAUCCUUGUCUAAGUAGGUAAGUGCGUCACUAUUCAUAAAAAUCAAUUGGUAAUUUAAAAACUAUAUAUUAAAUGCAUUGCGCCAAAUACACGCUGUAGCUAUACAAGUGGUGCUUGAAACUGACGCGCCGAUCGGACAGAAUAACUGCGCUUGCGGCUCGAAGGUGUAGUGACGAUAAUCUUCAAGCUCCCCCAUAGACAAUGAGGUGUAUGGUACGAUGUUAAACGGGCGCGCACAAAAUACCGCUUGGCCUGAAUCACAUAGACAAAACGAAAACAUGUUUCGAUUGCCGAGGCCCCUAAAAAACGGUGACAUGAUAGAAAUAAACGGAACACUACAAGACAACCCACAAAGGCUGUUGCUCAAACUUACAACAGGAGUGUCCUAUCCAGAUGAAAGGAAUAUUGCAUGCUGGGCUGAAGCUAAUUUCUCCGAGAACUAUUUCCAUAUAAAUGGCAGUGUGAAUGGACAAAUAGCUGACCAACCCCCAUCUAGUGAACCAGAUCUCAUAGGUCUAUUUCCAGCAGAUGGUAGAUUCAACUUUAUAAUAAGAGCAAGAGCACAUGGAUCUGCAUUAUAUCUGGAUAUUGAUGUAUUUGAAGCAAACAUGGGGUCCAGAGAACUAGCACAUAAUUUAGAAGACGUCACAUUUUUGACCCUGGAUGGAAAUAUUAUUAAAAUUGAAGAUUUAAAAUUUACGUAUGCGUAAUUACUCGUAAAAUUGAUGUAUUGGUCUUAACUUUUGUAUUACAUUGUGUAAGAUUUUAUUUAUUGUUAUUUAUUAAGUGCAUUUAAAAUAUGUUUCUCGUACAAGAAUCACAUUCACUGCUAUAAAUCGGAAUUCCAUUUGACAUCAGUAUUAACGUGAUUUAAAUAUCUGUUGUAUUUAUUUCGUUAUUAUUAUAUAAGUUUUUUUUGUUUAUUUGAAUC